AUAGAGGGUGUGUGUAUGUAUGUAUAUGUUCUGAGUUCUGACAUUAUUUUGUCGUUGUCCGGAAGGAGGGAGGAGUACUAAAGUUUCUCUUUCAUGGCGUCGGAGCUCACCCUCUAGUAAUGUUGUAGACUGUCCUCUACUCUACUCUUCUCUCUCUCUCUCUCUCUCUUCUUUAAACAUCUCUGCUCUGUUUUUCCUUCCAGUUCACGCUAAUCGCCUGUGUCGGUCCCCCCCUUCUCUCUCUUAUUUCUUAGUUCUCUCCCAACAAUGGCAGAACGACUCUGUACCCUUGUUUGAAAAACUUUUGAUUCUUGCUAGAAGCUUUAAAAAGGAUCUGGCUUUUUACCUUAAAAAAGAAAUCUGGGUUUGUUUCCUUUUUCUUUUUCUUCUGGGUUUUGUGUUGUUGCGCUUGAGUCUUGAGGAAGAAGACGAAGGAUAGGGACAAUGAAAGGCUUUGUUUUUGGUUUGGGGAUGGUGGUUUUCAUGCUUAUUGGUGCUGUUUCUCCUAUGAACAACGAAGGAAAAGCGUUGAUGGCGAUAAAAGCCUCAUUCAGCAACGUGGCCAAUAUGCUUCUUGAUUGGGAUGAUGUUCACAACAACGACUUUUGUUCUUGGAGAGGUGUCUCUUGUGAUAACCUUACCCUCUCCGUUGUCUCUCUUAAUCUGUCCACUCUGAAUCUUGGUGGGGAGAUAUCACCAGCACUUGGAGAUUUGAGGAAUCUGCAGUCAAUAGACUUGCAAGGAAAUAAACUGGGUGGUCAAAUUCCAGAUGAGAUUGGAAACUGUGCUUCUCUUGCUUACGUGGAUUUGUCCACCAAUUUAUUGUUUGGUGACAUACCGUUUUCAAUCUCUAAACUUAAGCAGCUGGAGUUUCUGAACCUAAAGAAUAAUCAGCUCACUGGCCCAAUACCAGCAACCUUAACUCAGAUUCCAAACCUUAAGACCCUUGAUCUUGCAAGAAACCAGCUAACUGGUGAAAUACCAAGGUUACUCUAUUGGAAUGAAGUUUUACAGUAUCUUGGUUUACGUGGGAAUAUGUUAACUGGGACAUUGUCUCCUGAUAUGUGUCAGCUUACGGGUCUGUGGUACUUUGAUGUGAGAGGCAACAACCUGACUGGAACUAUUCCGGAGAGCAUUGGCAAUUGCACAAGCUUUGAGAUCCUGGAUGUGUCCUAUAAUCAGAUUACUGGUGUCAUACCCUACAAUAUUGGUUUCCUCCAAGUAGCUACUCUGUCACUUCAGGGAAACAGGUUAACCGGUGGAAUUCCAGACGUGAUUGGUCUGAUGCAGGCUCUAGCUGUUUUGGAUUUGAGUGACAAUGAACUAACUGGGACUAUCCCACCAAUACUUGGGAAUCUCUCAUUUACCGGAAAAUUGUAUCUCCAUGGCAAUAAGCUCACCGGACCCAUACCACCUGAGCUUGGCAAUAUGUCACGACUAAGUUAUUUGCAACUAAAUGAUAAUGAACUAGUGGGAACCAUCCCACCUGAGCUUGGGAAGCUGGAGCAAUUGUUUGAACUGAAUCUUGCAAACAACCAUCUUGUAGGGCCAAUUCCAUCUAACAUUAGUUCCUGUGCUGCCUUGAAUCAAUUCAAUGUGCAUGGGAACUCCCUGAGUGGAUCUAUACCACUUGAAUUUCGGAAUCUUGGAAGUUUGACUUCUCUGAAUCUUUCCUCAAACAGUUUCAAGGGAAAAAUACCUGCUGAGCUCGGCCAUAUUAUCAAUCUUGACACAUUGGAUCUGUCAGGCAACAAUUUCUCAGGGUCAAUACCAUUAACACUUGGUGAUCUUGAGCAUCUUCUCAUCUUAAACUUGAGCAGAAAUCAUCUCAAUGGGACAUUGCCUGCAGAGUUUGGGAACCUCCGAAGCAUUCAGAUCAUCGAUGUAUCAUUUAAUUUUCUUGCCGGUGUUAUUCCAACUGAACUUGGCCAGUUGCAGAACAUAAACUCUCUGAUACUGAACAACAACAAGAUUCAUGGGAAAAUCCCGGAUCAGCUAACAAAUUGCUUCAGUCUUUCUAAUCUGAACAUCUCCUUCAACAACCUAUCUGGAAUAAUCCCACCUAUGAAGAACUUUUCACGUUUUGCUCCGGCCAGCUUCUUUGGAAAUCCAUUUCUCUGUGGGGACUGGGUUGGAUCAAUCUGCGGUCCAUCUUUGCCCAAGUCAAAAGUAUUCACCAGAGCUGCUGUGAUUUGUAUGGUUCUCGGUUUCAUUACUCUCAUAUGCAUGAUAUUUAUUGCGAUUUAUAAGUCAAGGCAGACAAAACCAAUCUUGAAGGGCUCCUCAAAACAACCUGAAGGUAUUGGUCUCAUAAUAUCUCUCUUCUCUUUUGUUAUUCAGUAUUCACGACAGCAUUAUGAUAAGUCUUGUAUGGAAUCUUCAGGGUCAACGAAGCUAGUGAUUCUUCACAUGGAUAUGGCUAUUCACACGUUUGAUGAUAUCAUGAGAGUUACAGAAAACCUCAAUGAGAAAUACAUCAUUGGAUACGGCGCUUCUAGCACGGUUUACAAGUGCACCUCCAAAAGUUCCCGACCUAUUGCCAUUAAGCGAAUCUACAAUCAGUAUCCCAACAACUUCCGCGAGUUUGAGACAGAGCUCGAGACCAUUGGGAGCAUCAGACACAGAAACAUAGUGAGCUUGCACGGAUAUGCCUUGUCUCCCUUUGGCAACCUCCUCUUCUAUGACUACAUGGAAAAUGGAUCUCUCUGGGACCUUCUUCAUGGGCCUGGGAAGAAAGUGAAGCUUGACUGGGAAACAAGGCUGAAGAUAGCAGUUGGAGCUGCGCAAGGACUUGCAUAUCUUCACCAUGACUGCACUCCUAGGAUAAUCCAUCGGGACAUCAAGUCAUCAAACAUACUCCUUGAUGGGAAUUUUGAAGCGCGUUUGUCAGAUUUUGGGAUUGCCAAGAGCAUACCAGCCACCAAAACUUAUGCUUCAACCUACGUUCUUGGAACCAUUGGCUAUAUUGACCCAGAGUAUGCUCGAACUUCGCGUCUAAACGAGAAGUCUGAUAUCUACAGCUUCGGUAUUGUCCUUCUUGAGCUUCUGACCGGGAAGAAGGCUGUUGAUAACGAGGCCAACUUGCAUCAAAUGAUUCUUUCGAAGGCAGAUGACAACACAGUGAUGGAAGCUGUUGAUGCAGAGGUGUCAGUGACUUGCGUGGACUCAGCACACAUCAAGAAGACAUUUCAGCUAGCUCUUUUGUGCACCAAGCGAAACCCUUUGGAGAGACCCACAAUGCAGGAGGUCGCUAGGGUGCUGCUCUCUCUUCUCCCAUCUCCACCUCCUAAAAAGUUACCUUCGCCUGCGAGACUGCAGGAAGGGGAAGAAAGGCGUGAGAGCCACUCUUCAGAUACAGCAACCCCACAGUGGUUUGUUCAGUUCCGUGAAGAUAUCUCCAAAAGUAGCUUAUAAGAUACUAACUUCUAGGGUUCCCUCUAUUUAGUGUUUUUCUCCUUUUUCUUUUUCAUUUUCUUGUAUGCCAAGGCAAGAAAUAUCGGAGGUGGGCGGUUUUUAUGUGAUUUUGGGCUAGUAUGAGGGGUAUUUUGGAAGGGGGGAGAGAAUUGAAGGCAUUAAAGAUAAGAACAUGGGAUAGGUGAAAAGUGUAGGUGAAGUUAAUGGUUUUUCCAAGGAACAUCUUCACGAGAUCGUUAAAAGUCUUUCAAUCUCUUCUUUAAUGCACACAUCCAUUAAUGCGCA